UGUUGUGAGGUUGACCAGCAGUCUAGUGGAUAUGUCACUAGACCCAUGCUGAUCGCUUGACGCCAUGGAGAUCUCAUCAGAUGAGGAUGAGGAUGAGGAUGAAGCGCUAGAGAAGCGUGUUCGUGAUGCAGCUGCAGAAACUCUGGUCACUUGGGCUUUGCUGCCCAACACUGCCGAUGCCCGUCACCGGUUUGAUGACCACGGCUCUGACUAUUUGAUCUGUGAUGUAGCAGGUCGCAGGAUUCGCGUGGCCCAGAAUCGAGCCAGGCAGGGCGAGCUUGGUGUGACUGGCUGCUGCGUAUGGGACGCUGCAGUGGUUCUUGCACGCUACUUGGAGUGGGCAGAUGAUUUGCGCGUAUCCCGCACCAAGACCCAGGCUACAGCUACAGUGCUUGACGCAGUUCGUGGUCUACGGUGCCUUGAACUUGGUGCAGGAUCAAGCUGUCACCUUUCUCACACGAACAAAGAACCAGGCUGCGGCCUUGCAGGUUUAGCAGCUGCGGCCCUCGGGGGGCUGGCAAUUGGGCAGUCAAGUGUAGAUAUGGCACGGAAAAACUCUGUCAAAGAAUGCAUCAGAGGUUUCAAACUUUACUCCUCGAGCGUCUUGACUCUUUGUUGCAUUGAGGUAACUCUGACUGACAGAGACGAGACCCUGUUUUUGCUGGAACGCAACGCCCGCAACUUUGCCGCUGAACAUUGCCAAGAUCACAGGCCUCGAAGAAGUGGCAAAAUGUCAGCUGCGGUGGGUACAGAAGCAACCUGCUGUUCGCCGCCUUGUGCUCGGCAUCUUGAUUGGAGCGAGCCCUUGGAAUUGGAUCAUCCUGAGACACCUUUUCAGGUGAUCCUGGCUGCAGAUUGCCUCUACUCCCUCGAAGGCGCUGCUGCAUUGGCCGCAGUGGUAAAUGCGCUUUGUUGCGAACCAGAAAGUGCUGCCUUCGGUGCCAAAGUCUUACUCUCACAGGAGCUGCGAGCGCCAGAGGUUUUGGAGAGUUUCCUGGAAAAGGUGAUUCGAGCAUUCCGAGUAUCGCGAUUACCAUCCCCGCCCACCCUAGAGCAAGCAGCACCAUGUGUGAUGCUAUAUCGUUUGCAACCAAGAUGUACACAUUGAUGCAACGAAGUGAGAGAUGCGUGUGAGUGAGCGUGACAGAGUUGCCGCCGUGUGCGAA